CCCAAUCGCCGGCCAUGACAGUGAACGUAAAUAGUCGGGUUUUAUCUGGAUGACAUUGUUUUCUUUCCUUCAUCUGUUGAUUUCGCCGAUCAUUCAGACUCCUGAAACCCGGCUAUCUACGAUCUAAAUCAUUUUUAGUUCAUUUGUUUUCUGUAUGGUAUCGUAGUUACAAUUUAUUUUCAAAGCUGUCAUGUUAUUUUAAAAACAAUCAAGAUGGAUUUUAGAUUGCUUUGAGUACAAUUAUAUUCUUUUGGUAAUUCUCUUGUCAAAUCAGUAUGUUCCCAUUAUUUAAAAAAAAUGUCAUUAGUAAGUUUAUGUUAUCUAAAUUUUCUGGCUUAUUCCCAAGGAACAUAACAACAAUGUCAUCUUCGGGUGAAUUGUGUUUUCCCAAAACCCUGGAAGAAUUUGGAUACCGCUUCAAUGAUUGUGGAAAGCUGAGGAAAAUUGAUCAAAAAACAGGUGAAUCGACUGAUGCACCCUUUGAAUUCAAUAUUUCUUCAGAUCCGAGCUAUAACCAGAAGCAUUAUGAAGCCCUCGGAGAGAUAAUUACUGAAGAAGUUUACACUAUGUUGAGGGAUUUGGGCCUCAAACAGCUUCCGGUACCUCCAGGGAACGACAACAGUUCAUUUAUUUUUGCUUCUGAAGAUGCACAUUUAGUACCCAAACUGGCUGUAUUGAUCCAUGGCACUGGGGUGGUGAGGGCUGGACAGUGGGCCAGGAGCUUAAUUAUUAAUGAUUCCUUGGAGACUGGAACUCAGAUACCCUACAUCAGGAAAGCCAUCAACUUAGGCUAUGGAGUAAUCGUUAUGAACACUAAUGAUAACUACAGGCUUAUCGAUGGCAAGAAGUUUCCUAUCGAGGGUAGUAGUAAUCCAAGUGAACAUGCAAGCACAGUUUGGAAACACUACGUUCUUCCGACGGCUGCAGAAAAAAUUUUACUUAUAGCCCACAGUUUUGGAGGAGUGGUAACAAUGAGUCUUGCAUCAAACUUCGAGGAAGAUUUCUUAAGGAGAGUGAAAGCAAUAGCUCUUACAGACUCAGUUCAUGGUCGGAUACCUCGUGCUGUUUCAUCCCGGUUAGCAGAAUAUUUAUCUGAGGUCGGUCGUAAUUGGGUCACCAGUUCUGAGCCCUUGGACAAAAUGCUACCUGAGCAGCAGGGGGAAAUCCAGUGUGUUUCAGCUGGCACGACAAAGCACGAACUUACUUCAGCUUCUUCCAUAGAGUCCGUUUUCAACUUUGCCGAAUCUCUGUUGGCAAGCGGCCCAUUGGCUACGAACAACAGCAUCUGACCUUCCCGAUACUCCUGUUGUGUUUCUUACAUAAUGUCUAAAGACAGUCUUUUGUUCCAUGUUUAAAGAAAUAUCUCAACUUUUUUACUUACAAUAAAUAAUACAUUUUUUUUUAACUUAUUAAAAUAUUUAAUAAUUUUAAUCUGUAUGAAAUUUAAGUUUUCGAAUAUCGGUUAGGAACUUCCUUUUGUAAGAAACUGGCAGGAGUAUCAAUAAGAGUAAGUUUACUCAAUUCGAAUGUGAUAAAUUAUCAUGUUACCCUUAAAACAGGCUGUACAAUUUUAUUAAUCUAUACUUGGUAUACUAUACUCCUUUCGAUUAUAAAGGCAUUUUAGAUCUCUCAUUUGUUUUUUUUGUUUUUUUGUGUUUUAAUUAAGAAGGCGAUGAUAUUGAUAAAACAUCUCUUGUGUCUUGGAAAGUCUAGAAAUUUAAGAUAACAUUUAUACUUCCAAGCACUGAUUGGAGCUGUUAUAUAUUUCAGAGCUUCUGUUUUUUUUUUUAAUGCAGUGUUAUUUUUAAUGUCUUUUUUAUAUGUAUGGUGUGGGUUUCCUUGUAGUAAAAGUUGUAGAAGGACUAUUGUUUAUAAAGUUUAUCUUUUUAUUUUUGAUAGUUCGUAGUUUUAAAUAAUUUCAUGACUUAUCUUUUAUGUAUCGUAAGAAUUAAGUUCUUGAUCUCUUUAUUUUUUUAAUGCUAAAUGCCUCAUUCAACUAUGAAUCCCUUCACGUGGAGACAAGACCCGUAAUGAAAUUCCGUUCCUAUAACACAGGACUGAUUUUGCCUAAAUUAGUUACUAUAAAAAAACCUAGUAAUUUGUUAUUAAUAAUCAAUAAAUGAUCAUUUUUUUUAUUUAAAUAAUAAUGAUCUCUUUUCUUAUUAUUGGCCUAAGAUUUAAAUUUCGUUAUUUGUCAUAAUUUUAAAAACCAAUGAGAAAGAAAUAAUAGUUUUCUUCAGUUAUCUAUCGUUGAUUUUUUAUUUUUCUAAUUAUAUUUGGCUUUCACACUAAUUUUUAAAUAAAAUAAUUACUUGUUUUGUGAUAUAAU